CUCAGUGAGAGGUGACUGGUUACUGUAUUCCCUCCUCAUUUCAGUGUAAGAUGGUGGUAAGAAUCUGCUACCUAAAUAAACAGCAAAACUGAGUAGGAAAACGUCUAAUCAAAUUUGAACAUCUGAGCUGUGGAACAGUGCUCAUUCCAAACUUUCAGAUAGGCACAUCUGAGCAGUUGAAAGGCAGAAACCCCCGCCUAAACUAGAGUGAAUAUCCCUUGGAGUGGAAUCCCUGCAAUACAGGACCAGCUAGUUGAACCCUUCGGCCGACCUGCCAGAGACUCUUCCGAUCUUGCCGUACGAUAGGAUGUCCCGCAGUCCCGAGCUGAAAGAAGACCCCAUGGAGUGCCCACUGUGCAUGGAACCGCUGGAGAUUGACGACGUCAACUUCUUCCCCUGCACCUGCGGCUACCAAAUCUGCCGCUUCUGCUGGCAUCGCAUCCGCACAGACGAGAACGGCCUCUGCCCUGCUUGCAGAAAGCCUUAUCCGGAGGAUCCGGCGGUAUACAAACCACUGUCACAAGAGGAGAUCCAGAGGAUAAAGAAUGAGAAGAAGCAGAAGCAGAACGAGAAGAAGCAGAAGGUGACGGAGAACCGCAAGCACCUGGCCAGUGUCCGUGUGGUGCAGCGGAACCUCGUGUUCGUCGUGGGACUUUCUCAAAGACUCGCGGAUGCGGAGGUUCUAAAGCGUCCGGAAUAUUUCGGAAAGUUCGGCAAAAUCCAUAAAGUGGUCAUCAAUAACAGCACGUCGUAUGCAGGUUCACAGGGUCCUAGUGCCAGUGCCUAUGUAACUUACAUUCGUUCAGAGGACGCCCUUAGAGCAAUACAGUGUGUGAACAAUGUCAUAGUGGAUGGUAGAACACUCAAGGCUUCUUUAGGUACAACAAAGUACUGCAGUUAUUUUCUCAAAAGCAUGCAGUGUCCUAAACCGGACUGCAUGUAUUUACACGAACUGGGGGAUGAAGCAGCUAGUUUUACAAAAGAAGAAAUGCAGGCUGGAAAACAUCAAGAGUAUGAACAAAAAUUACUGCAAGACCUUUACAAAGCGAACCCCAACUUUUUACAAACCUCAACAUGUGGGGAGAAGUCGAAGAGCAAACCUAACUCCACUCAGAGACCCAAUAGUACCAAUAAAGAAGGGUGGCCCUCAUUACAGAACUAUGGGAAAAUGGUUAACGGUUUAACCACAGAGCAUCGCAAGUCCCCUCCUCUAUUAGACUGCCUAACAGACUCAGACCACAUGACUCCAGACGAACCAGACCCUGAACAGGGAACAGAACAGAACACAGGCCUUCCACCUUUCCCAUCAGCCUUAGAGCCUACCAGUCCAAUUGGCAAACCAUCAGAACCCAUAAGUAUAGGAAACGGGGAAAAUAUAUCACAGACAUCCAGUAGCGAUUCCCCAUCUCCUCCACCUGGCCUUACUAAACCCAGCCUCGUUGUGCCCAUCAGCGUGGCCGAACUCACAGUGCGCUCACCCUUCGAAGGGGCGGCAGCGGAGUCUCAGUCUCUUUUCUCAGACAACAGCAAUUUCAGACAUCCCAACCCCAUCCCCAGCGGCCUGCCCCCCUUCUCCAGCUCACCACAGGGAGCCUCCGACUGGCCCAUGACUCCAGAACCACAGAGCCUUUUCACCUCAGACACUAUCCCAGUGUCGUCCUCCACUGAUUGGCAGGCGGCCUUUGGUUUUGGCUCUUCGGCCAAGCAGCAGCAGCAGGACGAUGACCUCGGCUUCGACCCAUUUGACGUCACACGGAAGGCCCUGGCCGACCUUAUAGAGAAAGAGCUGUCAGUCCAGGAGCAUUCCCCCCUCUCUCCCAAUCCCUCUUCCCACCAGACCAUCCUACCCAACGGCCAACAGCGCCUUCCCCACCUCCAGCACAGAGGCCUCUAUAACUCCUUCAGCCUGCCCCAACACAUGGCCGCACGCCACCCCUGGAUGGGCCUCCCCACCCGCAAUAACCUCACACACUUGAACCACACGGCCUCAGCUGCGCACAGCCAUUUCUUAGACCUGAGCAUGCCGGCCCAGCACCACAGCACCGGCCUUGGGGGGAUUCCUAUAUCAGAAAACAAUGGCUCUGUGGAAAGAAUAAAUGUGAAAGAGUGGCAGGACGGACUGCGAGCUCUCCUACCAAAUAUCAACAUCAACUUCGGAGGCCUCCCGAACUCUACCUCUUCCUCCUCCUCUUCCUCCACUUCCAGUGUGAACCACAUCGGGGUGCCGGUAGGCUCAACUGGAGUCUCGCACAGCCUCAGUUGGGACAGCACGGCCAGUUGGAUGGACCCCGCCAUCAUCACAGGUAUCCCAGCAUCCACAGGUAACAGUUUGGACUGUCUCCAGGAUGACAAUCCGCCACACUGGCUCAAGUCACUGCAGGCGCUCACAGAGAUGGACGGACCGCCCAGCUCCAGCGCACUCCCACAGCCCCCGCACACCGGCCUCCUGGACGCGGCGGCCCAACUGUCCUUACACAGAGCCGCCUGGGCCCCUUACCUCCCUCCUCCCACACUCAACCCAAGUCAGUUCCACUCCCCACCUCCAGGCUUUCAGACAGCCUUCAGACCCCCAGCGCAGACGGCCACAGACAUCCUACAGAGUGCCGGUAUUGACCGUCACUAAAGAUUUAACUACAUCACAAAUAUGAAACUGCAAAUAUACCCCUUCCAUUAAUAACGUAACAUAAGCUCUUGUCUUUCUACCCUUUCCCUCUCCAUCCCUUUCACAUCAGGAUUUGUUUGUUGUCAGUUUUUUUUUUUUUUUUUUUUUUUUUUUGAAGGCA